ACGUCGUUUUGAUUCUCAACCAUGACGAAUUAAUUGAUUCAUUGUAGGCAUAUGUGUGGUUUUGUUUUCUGUUAAUUAAAUUAAUGAAAUGAAAUGCUGAAAAAGGCGGAGGAAUUCUCUGAAUACACAGCUUUCAGAUACGCAGAGAAGAAGAGGGCAAGAGAACAAGGGUUGCCAGACAAGGACAAGACAGUUCUCAACACAAAUGAAUCAUUCCAGGAUCGGCGUCCAAAGAAAUGGAAGACAACAAAAAUACAAAAGAAGAAGGAACCUAACGCAUAUCAAGCAGAGGUUGAAGUGGAAUCAACACGAUCGCAGCUGGAAAAGGAAGUGGCGGUAGUAGUUGCCCAAACUGAGAAACUCAGGAAACUAAAUGCAGCAUACACCCCUGAGUUCACCACUAUUCAGCACAUAGCUGAAGGUAAGGCACCUCAUGUGGUGGCGUCAGCCAAAUCAGCGAGACUGACCCUCAUGGGCACUCGGCCGCUGAUCGCGGCCCAAUACAUGGAAAAGGAGAACGAAUGGCAGAUCGCUACAGACGUGUCCUUCACGAUCCCACGGAUCGACGAAGGACAGAAUGUGACCAACAUUCUUAAGGAAAAAGUCUUUGAGCGGUUCCCCCUGGCGGUUUUUGAGACAACAGAUCCAUAUGCCUACCCGGAGGCCAGCUCCUCCCAAACAGAUCAACGGCAUCAGCAAGACCACCAGUUGGAACUGGAAAGGCAUGCACCUUGCGCUUUCUCUCCCCUGAUUGCGAAAAUGCCAGAAAAGACAAAACUAAAGAGCAGGUUGAUGUGGAGACCAUGGAGGAUUGUGACAGCAAUUCCGCACAGCGUGCUGGCGGGGCCCCGAAUUCCGGCGGAAUUGCUAGCGACCUCGGUGGCAGACCUCCUGAGAUCUGGCAUUUUGAAUAAGGAUAGCGACUUGGAGUGGCGAGCCUUCGCCGUAGAUCUGGACAGAUACUACAGGGACGAUGGGUCUGAGGAGGAUAUGGACGAGUGGUACGAAGAGGAGGACGUCCUGAGGCUAGACCUGCCCUUGGGGCACGAAGGCAACCGAGGGGGAAUACAAGAUUGACUACUCGGUAGGCAAGGCACAGCAGGACCCGUCGGGAUAUACUUCACCAGCUAUGGAUGCUAGCGACCAGACCACUAACUAGGGCAAU